AUGGACCCCAUGUCCCGCUUGAAGCAUGGGCUAGACGGUAUGGACGGAGCGACCGCAGCCUUGAUUCUACAGAUCCAAGAAGAGGACAUCGAAUACCUCGCGUCGGAAAACAAAGGGAAAGGGAUCGAGGAUGUUGAGUAUGAUGCUGAAUUUGCAUUGCUAACCUACCAGAGAGAGCUUCGUGAGAGCCGCACAAAGCUUUCGGAUCAACGCAUGUGUCAAAGUCUCACCCAGGCCGUCGUCUUCGAUGCUAUUGUACUUUAUCGACACACCGCGGAGGAACGUCGUGCUACCUUCGACCGAGCUUUAGCGGAUGCGCUCAAACCACCUAAAUUAGCAGAAGUUUACGUUUCGGGCAAAGGUGACGAGAACGUCGAGCAAGACUUCGAUGAUGCAGUCACCGACGUCGACAAUAAGGAAAACAUUGCGAAAGACGAAACGACUUCUGAAUAUGACGACUCCCCUGUGAAUGACGACAAUAGUGAUGAUCUUAGAGGAGACGAGACGGCUUCGGAAUGCGAUGAUGUAGUAAAAGAUGUCGACAGUGGUAAGAGCAUCGCCGAAGAUGAACCAAUUGAAGAAUACGACGAUACAACCUUUGACAAGAUUUUUGGAGACAUCGAAAGCGAUAAGGUUGUCGAAGCAGUGUCUCCCGCCUUGGACACUCCACAGAUAUACGUCAUGCGAUCUCAUAAACGUUCCUGCGUCGCCUGCAAUACGAAUGUGCCCGCCAGCGGGGCUCACGAAACCCCAUGCGGAGAUCACUACUGCUAUAUCUGUCUGUCAACCCUUUUCCAGCUUUCGACUACCGAUGAGUCGCUGUACCCCCCUCAAUGUUGCCAACAGCCAAUCCCCCUCGACACUGUCAGAGCUUACCUGACAGACGAAAUCUUGCGCACGUACGAGUCGAAAAGUAUUGAAUAUGAGACCAUGGACAAGACAUAUUGCUCUCAAACAGAAUGCGGCACAUUCAUCCCACCAGCAUCAAUUACAUGUAACACAGCGAAGUGUCCCACCUGUAACUUGUUCACAUGCGUGGUCUGCAAGAAGGAUGAUCAUUUGGGCAAUUGUCCUGAUGACGCCGCAAUUCAGGAAGUACUCGAUAUGGCCAAAGAUCAAAAAUGGCAGCGUUGUCCUAAUUGUCGAGCAAUGACUUGCGAAUGCCCACAAUGGAGCGAGGCAAAUCUGCUCAUCGACCGUGAUACAGUGCAAGCUCUUGAAAAUGCUGCAGCGGUGCUUGCGGAGGAGGAAUCCGAUGCCGAGGAGUCCGAGGCGGAUGAUGUUGAUUGCACUCACGACGAAGGUUGGACCCGUAUCGACCGAGGAAAUGAAUGUGAGAUUUGUGAGAAUUGGCUCGCUGAAUACAUUUUUGAGUGUGACGGAUGUCAAAUGCUCGCCUGUGCAAGAUGCAGGCGCAACGAACUAUGA